AUGAGUGAUAUAAAGCGUCCGAAGUAUAAUGGUCUAGCCAAAGGCUAUAAUGGCAACUUUCUGCGGCAACUGGAUCGUGAGAUCGCCCACAUCAUCAACGAUAAAGGCAUCGGGGGCCUCCAUGAUGGCGGUGCACUGAACCCCAUGGGACUCGCACAAGAAUUCCAAGUACUUCUCGAGUUGUAUGGAAUCACGAGCCUGAAAGUCGCCUUUGUCCAAGGCGAUAAUGUUAAGGAUGUUCUGGAUCCUCUGAAGAAACCUGGCUAUACAACGCACCUGGACGUCAAGGGACGCGACUUAUCUCACAUCUAG